UUUCUGCAUACAUAGUAUUGUAUUAUAAAUAUAAUAUGUAUUAUUAUGUUAUCUUAUAAUAUUAUUGUAUUUUAAUUAUACAUUAUAUAGUAUAUGCAGAACUAUUGCAUACAUAUAAUCAUAUAUAGAAAUAGGCAGACUUACAUGCACACAUUUUAUUGAUCUUAGGGAACAGGGUAGGAUAGUAUAAAUGGUCAAAAUUGCCAGAUAUCAGUGCUCUUUUGAAUACAGACAUUGCUUGCAUCUCAGUCCAUGCAGAGUUAAACUCAUUUUAUAAUCUUACUUUGUAUACAUUCCAUCCCUGAUGUUAUCUAAAUGUAAAAGAAAGCAACUGAAAAAAAAAAAAUCCUCCACAUUACAAAAUUGAGAAGCUAUUGUUCUCAAGAGUUUAGUCUCUAAUGUGAGACAAACACAAUUAAAAAGAUGUGCUGUGACAAUUUUUAAAAAUAACAGUAGCCAUUAUUUAUUGAGUCUCAAUCUUAUGAGUUCAGGACUAGUCAGCCCUUUAAAUGAGUCAGCUGAUUAAAUCUCACAGUCCUCAUAAGAGGUAGGCAUUAUGUGUAAAACGCAUAGCAGAGAAAAGGUUGACAGAGCACAUUUCUAGUCAGGAGAAGAACCUGCGUGAGUGGGGGAAAUAAUCAUAGAGGAGAUAACCCUUGAAAUGAGACUUCGUGGAUGGUAUUUUACAGACCUAUAAAUGUAGAAGGCACUCGAAGGAAGAACAACAUUGGGAAAAGGUAAGGCAUUUGAAAAGACGCAAAGUGUGAGGAAUGAUGACUGCCAGAUAUUAAAGUGCUAGAGGGAGAAUAGCAACAGAUGAAGCUUGUCCAGAACACGAAGGUCACAUCACAAAGGAAAUUGUAGCCAUGGUGUAAGAAGUUUACUUGCUGUCAUGUGGCUUAUGGGAAGGCUUGAAUAAUUGUAAGCAGGAUAGUGAGCUGAUUAUCCUUGUAUGUUAGCAGAGCCUCUGGUACAACAGAAUGAAAGAUGCUUCCUCCAGGGGCUUAAGGGAAGGAGAAUAAGAUAGAAGGUGAGACCAUGCGCAUUGCCUCUUCAGAGUUCGCUGAUGACCCAUGCUCCUCGGUGAAGCGGGGCACCAUGGUGCGGGCGGCCAGGGCUCUGCUGUCGGCUGUGACGCGCUUGCUCAUCCUGGCAGACAUGGCAGAUGUCAUGAGACUUUUAUCUCACCUGAAAAUUGUGGAGGAGGCCCUGGAAGCUGUCAAAAAUGCCACAAAUGAGCAAGACCUUGCAAAUCGCUUUAAAGAAUUUGGAAAAGAGAUGGUGAAACUUAACUACGUCGCUGCAAGAAGACAACAGGAGCUGAAGGACCCUCACUGCCGGGACGAGAUGGCAGCUGCACGAGGGGCUCUGAAGAAGAAUGCCACCAUGCUGUACACGGCCUCCCAAGCCUUCCUCCGCCACCCAGACGUCGCCGCCACAAGAGCCAACCGGGAUUACGUGUUCAAACAAGUCCAGGAGGCCAUCGCCGGCAUCUCCAAUGCUGCUCAAGCUACCUCGCCCACCGAUGAAGCCAAAGGCCACACGGGCAUCGGGGAGCUGGCUGCGGCUCUGAAUGAGUUUGAUAACAAGAUCAUCCUGGACCCCAUGACAUUCAGCGAGGCCCGGUUCCGGCCGUCCCUGGAGGAGCGUCUGGAGAGCAUCAUCAGUGGCGCGGCGCUCAUGGCCGACUCCUCGUGCACCCGGGAUGACAGGCGUGAGCGCAUCGUGGCCGAGUGCAACGCCGUGCGCCAGGCGCUGCAGGACCUGCUCAGCGAAUACAUGAACAACACUGGAAGGAAAGAAAAAGGAGAUCCUCUAAACAUCGCCAUUGAUAAGAUGACCAAGAAAACAAGAGAUCUAAGGAGACAGCUUCGGAAAGCAGUAAUGGAUCACAUAUCUGAUUCUUUCUUGGAAACCAACGUCCCUUUGCUGGUUCUCAUUGAGGCUGCAAAAAGUGGGAAUGAGAAGGAAGUGAAGGAAUAUGCCCAGGUUUUCCGCGAGCAUGCCAACAAGCUGGUGGAGGUUGCCAAUUUGGCCUGUUCCAUCUCCAACAAUGAGGAAGGGGUGAAAUUAGUCCGGAUGGCAGCCACCCAGAUUGACAGCCUGUGUCCCCAGGUCAUCAAUGCCGCUCUCACCCUGGCUGCCCGGCCACAAAGCAAAGUUGCUCAGGACAAUAUGGAUGUCUUCAAAGACCAGUGGGAAAAGCAGGUGCGAGUGCUGACAGAGGCUGUGGAUGACAUCACCUCCGUGGAUGACUUCCUUUCUGUCUCAGAGAAUCAUAUCUUGGAGGAUGUGAACAAGUGUGUGAUAGCCCUUCAAGAGGGGGAUGUGGACACUCUGGACCGGACAGCAGGGGCCAUCAGGGGCCGGGCAGCUCGAGUCAUACACAUCAUCAAUGCUGAGAUGGAGAACUAUGAAGCUGGUGUUUAUACCGAGAAGGUGCUGGAAGCUACAAAAUUACUCUCUGAGACAGUGAUGCCACGCUUUGCUGAGCAAGUGGAGGUUGCCAUUGAAGCCUUGAGCGCCAACGUCCCUCAACCAUUUGAGGAGAAUGAGUUCAUCGAUGCCUCUCGCCUGGUGUAUGACGGCGUUCGGGACAUCAGAAAGGCUGUGCUGAUGAUCAGGACCCCAGAAGAACUAGAAGAUGAUUCAGACUUUGAGCAGGAAGAUUACGAUGUACGUAGCCGGACAAGUGUUCAGACAGAGGAUGACCAGCUCAUUGCAGGGCAGAGUGCUCGGGCCAUCAUGGCACAACUACCACAGGAGGAGAAGGCAAAAAUAGCUGAGCAGGUGGAGAUAUUCCACCAAGAGAAAAGCAAGCUGGAUGCUGAAGUGGCCAAAUGGGAUGACAGCGGCAAUGACAUCAUUGUGCUGGCCAAGCAGAUGUGUAUGAUCAUGAUGGAAAUGACGGACUUCACAAGAGGCAAAGGACCAUUGAAAAAUACAUCUGAUGUCAUUAAUGCUGCCAAGAAAAUUGCUGAAGCAGGUUCUCGAAUGGACAAAUUAGCCCGUGCCGUGGCUGAUCAGUGUCCUGAUUCAGCAUGUAAGCAGGAUUUAUUAGCCUACCUUCAACGGAUUGCCUUGUAUUGCCAUCAGCUUAAUAUCUGCAGCAAGGUGAAGGCAGAAGUUCAGAAUCUGGGAGGAGAGCUCAUUGUGUCAGGGACAGGAGUUCAGAGCACUUUCACUACCUUUUAUGAGGUAGAUUGUGAUGUCAUAGAUGGGGGCAGGGCUAGUCAACUUUCUACCCACCUCCCAACCUGUGCUGAGGGAGCUCCGAUCGGGAGUGGAAGCAGUGAUUCCUCUAUGGUUUAUUCACAGGAUUCCUGCAUCAGGCUGGGAGAGCAAAGGGGUUCUGAAGACGAAACAGGCUAUCCUAUUUUUGCAGCAGAAUUAGACACCAUCUAUCUGAAAAUGGAAUCUGUGCUGGACAGUGCCACAUCACUCAUCCAGGCAGCUAAAAACCUGAUGAAUGCUGUUGUCCUCACAGUGAAAGCAUCCUAUGUGGCCUCAACAAAGUAUCAGAAGGUCUAUGGGACAGCAGCUGUCAACUCACCUGUUGUGUCUUGGAAGAUGAAGGCUCCAGAAAAGAAGCCCCUUGUGAAGAGAGAAAAACCUGAAGAAUUCCAGACACGAGUUAGACGAGGUUCUCAGAAGAAACACAUUUCGCCUGUACAGGCUUUAAGUGAAUUCAAAGCAAUGGAUUCCUUCUAGGACGAUAGGCUUUAACACAAGAGCUUUUUCUUUCCUUUCUUUUUUCUUUUCUUUUCUUUUUAAUUCCAUUUUUGUAUGCAUACCUGCUGACUCAUAUGCCUCUGGCAUGGGGAAAUUAAGGGAGCAGUGUCUGUUUGCAUGUAAGAUGAGAUGUGAUCUAUAAGACUGAUCCAUCUGUAGCCCGGGGUGGGGACAGGGAAUUCCUGUCCCAAGGUGGUACAGAGCUGUCCUUUGCAACAUUCUCAUAAAAUUGGGCAAAGAGUUCGCAUUGCAAUGUUCACGGGAGCGGGAGGGAUGGGGAAAAUAAACUUAACUCUACAAAAGCAAACUCUAAUGCAUGCAAGAAUCAUUAGGUUGGCAGGUAUAUUAAUAAGUGAAAAAUCUGGAAGUGUAAUGGUAGAACAUAAAGCUUGUAUUGCUACUGUUUCAGUGCAAAAAUGUACUAGCCAAUACGCUUAAGUGUGUGGCCCACAAAUUGAACAGUUUAACUUUGACAUCGUAUCCAUGAUAUUAUGUGGAUUUUUUACUAAGGGAAAACUAAUUCAUCCAGCCUAAAAUGCUUCUUUUCAUCUGUGUUCUGUUCUUUCUCUUCUAGUCGUGCCAUUACUAGUGCUCAUGUUAUCAAUUUCCCCCCUUUACUGAAAAUGAUAAACAUUUAUUUAAAACAAUUAUAAUCCUUCUGGGGGCACUGGAAGCACAAUGUGGUGAUCAUCUUGCUUUUACAUUUUUUUUUAAAAAAAAAUUGAACUAUGAUUUUUCUAGAAAUAGAAGGCCCAGUGAUGGAAUGUUAGAGGAAUGGAAACUGACAAUGUGUGAAGGUUUAGAGGCAAAUACAUAGGUGUAGCUUGGAGUUCUGGUAUCUAAUGUACCAUUGUAUCCACUAACUCAAAAUAAACACAUUUAAUCUUGACAUCUGAA